AAAUAAAACAAUGAGAACUACUACACCACCCAGCCAAAUGCUUAAUUUCACUGAGCAAAUCAAUUGUUUUGAUAUUUGCCAAACAGAUUUCGCCUCUAACCUCAUUUGUAUAGCGGCCGAAAAAAAACUCAUCUUGGGCUUGUUGAGAUUUCCAGAAGAAUCCGAAAGCGAACAAUUUGAAUGGGAACGUUUAAAAGAUAUUUACCACGAAAGUCGCUGUCAUGCCAUAUGCUUUGCUCCUGAAACCUCUUUAGUGGCCAUACCCAAAACAGUGACAUUUUGUGCAGCCGGAGCUGAUUUUUUAUUACGCGUCUAUCGUACGGAUAUGCAAAAUGCCGAUACAGUACAAAAUUUAAAAGCCCACACCAACUAUGUGAAUGAUAUUGCCUGGGAUCAUGAAGGUGAGUUUUUAGCUUCCGUUAGCGAUGAUCAUAGCUGCAAAAUCUGGAGUCUAGAGUCUCAUUAUGAAAAUGUUAUAACAUUUUGUUUGUCAUCGGCUGGUAUGUCGGUGAAAUGGCAUCCCGAAGAGCCACACAAAGUACUGGUGGCCGAAAAGAAGGGUGUGGUGCACAUGUACAAUGUAAAAUCCCAACAGGCCAUAGUUUCGUUAGAGACGCCAAAAUCUCCCUUAAUGUCGGCCGACUGGUCCUUGAAUAAUUGCCAUUUUAUAACAGCUUUGGCCGCAGGCGAAAUUAUUACAUGGGAUUUGUCACGACGCCCCUGUUCACCAUCCGAUGUUAGACAAAUCCAUGAAGAUGGUGGUCGUUGUGUACGCAUGUCUCCCACUUCGGAAUAUGUGGUGGCCAGUGUGGGUCGACCCGAUAUAACUUUAAAAGUAUUUUCCACCAAAACAUCGGUGCCUUUGGUGGAGGCUCCUUUGAAAUUAUACGCCGGUUUGUGUUGGCAUCAUCGUCUGCCCUAUGUAGCGGCAGCCUACGAUCGUAAGUUAUGUUUUUGGAAAGUACAAUUUAAAUAGAAUACAGUAAAAGAAUUUAUUAUA